AUGGCAAGACCCCAGUAUGACCAGAUUGCUAGGGCCAUGGAGAUGAUAGCCAUGGCGAUGCAGCAGCAGAGUGCUCACUUUGCUCAGAUGGAGACAAGUAGAGCUGCGGCUGAGGCAGCUAGACCGGUAGUCUCUCAGGAGGGGAGAGAUUUAGCAAAGUUUAGGGGAUGUCAGCCUCCUCAGUUCAGAGGGGAUUCAGAUCCUGAUGUGGCAGAUCAGUGGUUGAGGGAGAUGGAGAAGAUCUUCAGUGUUUUGGGAUCUUCUGAUGAGAGAAAGUUAGCUUAUGCAGUUUACAUGCUGGGGGGCGAGGUUGAGUACUGGUGGAGAGGCACCAGGCAGAUGUUAGAGAGCAAGGGUGUACUUAUUGAUUGGGAUUGUUUUAGGAGGGUCUUUUUGGAGAAAUAUUUUCCAGACAGCGUUAGAUACGCUAAGGAGGCAGAGUUCAUGAGACUACAUCAGGGGAGCUUGUCUGUUUCUGAGUAUGCUAUGAGGUUUGAGUAUCUAGCUCGUUUCUAUCUCAGGCCAUAUCUGAGGCUUGGAGAUGUAGAAAGUUUGCAGAUGGAUUGA